AUGGCUGUGUCUCGUAUGACCUUGGCCGAUCAGUAUAGCGGUAAAGAUAUCCGACUUCAAACCGGCAAAGAAUACGGCUAUGCAUUGAAAUUGGCCAACGCAACAAUCCGGGACACUGCGGCAAGUAUACAAGACGAGACCGUGGUAGCAGUCUGGCUACUGGGGCUGUAUGAGAUGAUCAGCGUUGUCCUCACACAUGGUCGCACCGCAGAAGGCUCCCUGACUGAGGAAGAAGAAUGGCAGUCUCACAUAUCCCAUGUCAAAGGGGCGAUGAAUCUGCUGAGGCUUCGAGGUCUCGUGCAAUUUACACAUCCUCGAUCAGAGAAGAUAUUUCGUGUCUUCAAAGCAGCUAUUCAAAUGCGUCUUUUCAUUCUGAAUUCGGUAACCUCUAAAGAUUUCGAUGAUCUAGAGAUCGACGUCUACAAUGAAGAACAAGAAUUUGUGCCUUCAAAAACAGCGAAUAAAGCCACCUCUUACUUCCAUCGUGUGGCGAGAUUAUUGGAAAAGAUAAAACAAUUUCUUAUACGGAGUGCAAAGAAGCCCGAAUUGGUGGAUGGGAUCAAAGCAGACGGAAAUACGCUGCUUCAAUUUGGGGAAGCCUUGGAUGCCAGUAUGGAAGGCUGGAGUAAAGACGAGCCUGGCUGGGACAUUAUGCCAAUCCGAGCCGAAAAGGCUGGCAGUAUGUGGGCUCUCUACCCUUCGCAUGCCGUCUACUAUUUUUACAGCUUCUGGAUCUAUCUUUAUUGGCUCCGAUUCCUCAGCGCUCGCGUCAAGCUUUAUGAAGCCUUGAUUGAAUUGAGAAAAAGUAUUUCGUCAGAGGCUGCCCCAGGAGGAGACCAGCGCCGAACCUCAUCGACUCAAAACUUGCAUCUCUCGAAAUAUCGGACUAUUAUACAGAUGACUGCAGCCGAACUCAUAGGGCUGACGGCCUAUGCUCUGGGAGAUGUCACACCCACAGGUGCAUUCAAUUCGUCAGCCUCUGGCCGGAGCCCGAACGGUGGCUUUCAAGAGAUCAACGUGGUUGCAACAAUGCAAUUGGUCAUCCCGUUGAAAUUGUUGCAACGGUCGUCAUAUCCGACUGCAACGCAAAAAGGUGCCAUCGACCUUGCCAUUACACAUAUUGGUGAUGGGUUUCGGCGGCAGCCCCUUUAUCUUGCUUGA